GUCAGCUGGAGCGUCAGUGAAACCUUAGCCACCACACAGAGGAGUAAACAAAGCUGCAGGAAUGGACUACUUCCUGUAUUUCUCAGCUGGGACCUGGACACUACUGGUUGCCUUCAUCACUCUGUUUAUUGUGUACGCCUACUGGCCGUAUGGAAUAUUUAAGAAAUUAGGCAUCCCAGGUCCAAAGCCAAUCCCUUUCUUUGGGACUAUGCUGGCAUAUAGAAAGGGAUUCAUAAACUUUGAUGAAGAGUGCUACAAGAAAUAUGGAAAAACAUGGGGUAUUUUUGAUGGUCGUCAGCCGGUGCUGUGCAUCACAGAUCCUGCCAUGAUAAAAACAGUUCUGGUCAAGGAGUGUUACUCUUUCUUCACCAAUCGCAGAAAUUUCCGCCUGAAUGGGCCAUUGUAUGAUGCUGUGUCCAUUGCUGAGGAUGACCAUUGGAAGAGGAUCCGCAGUGUCCUCUCUCCCUCCUUCACCUCAGGAAGACUGAAAGAGAUGUUUGACAUCAUGAAGCACCAUUCCUCUAACCUCGUCAACAGCAUGAAACAGAAAGCAGACAAAGAUCAGGCCCUAGAGCUGAAGGAGUUCUUUGGACCCUACAGUAUGGACGUUGUAACCAGCACUGCCUUCAGUGUGGACAUCGACUCACUCAACAACCCCUCAGAUCCAUUUGUCGGUAACAUCAAGAAGAUGCUGAAGUUUGACCUUUUUAAUCCUCUCUUCCUUGCUAUAGCCUUUUUCCCUUUCCUUGGUCCUAUUUUUGAGAAAAUGGAGUUCUCAUUUUUCCCCGCCUCAGUCACAGACUUCUUUUAUGCUUCACUUCAGAAGAUCAAGACCAAUCGUGAGAAUAGCAAGCAAAAGAGUCGAGUAGAUUUUCUUCAGUUAAUGAUUGACUCUCAGACUUCCAGUGGAGCAGAUGAAUAUAAAGGUUUGAAUGAUCAUGAGAUCCUCUCUCAAGCUAUGAUUUUCAUCUUUGCUGGCUACGAAACAAGCAGCAGCACUCUCACUUUCUUGGCCUACAAUCUGGCAACAAACCCUGAUAUCAUGAAGAAACUGCAGGAGGAGAUAGACACAACCUUCCCUAACAAGGCAUCUGUGCAGUACCAGGAGUUGAUGCAGAUGGAGUAUCUCGACUGUGUCAUCAAUGAAUCUCUCCGACUCUACCCUAUCGCCCCACGUCUUGAGCGUGUUGCCAAAGCGUCUGUGGAGAUAAACGGCCUAGUGAUUCCAAAAGACAUGGUUGUCAUGGUACCCACAUGGCCCCUGCACCGUGAUCCCGAUGUGUGGCCCGAACCAGAGGCCUUCAAACCUGAGAGGUUUAGCAAAGAAAACAAGGAGACAAUUGAUCCAUACUCAUACAUGCCUUUUGGGACGGGACCGAGAAAUUGCAUUGGGAUGCGAUUUGCUCUUGUGAUGAUGAAACUAGCAGUGGUGGAGAUUCUCCAGCGAUACAGCUUUUCCACAUGUGAAGAAACAGAGAUCCCCUUCGAAAUGGACAUUCAGGGCCUCCUGAUGCCAAAACGACCAAUCAAACUGAAGCUGGUGCCUCGCUCAUAACUUU